AUGAAAAUCUUGUUGGUUGUCAUGCUUGCAGCAUUCCCGCUACUCGCACAAUCGGCCAGUUGUGGAUGCUUGGUCCCGAACGAAGAGUGCUACGGUGAAAAUGAGGUAUUCGAUGGUUGUGGCUCCGCCUGUCCGGAGACUUGUCCGCCGUCGGAGAACAAGGUUUGCACGCUGCAGUGCGUCCGCGGAUGCUUCUGCAAGAAAGGAUACGUCCGGUGCGCCGAUGGAACAUGCAUUCCGAAAUGUUUGUGCCCGGGAUACUCAAUGGAAGUUGAAUGA